GUGUGUCUAUAUAAUUAAUUGAAAUUGCAGAGAGAUCUCCGUCUGGUAUGAUAUUUUGUGUUGCUGCUCGGAAAUAAUGGAGGAAAUAUUCCCUCAUUUCUCUGCUAUUUUCCUUUUGUUUUGUGGCUUCCUUACAUAUCUAUGUCAUGUGUUAUGGUGGAAGCAUGAAAGUUGUAGAAUAAAGCUAAGGAAACAAGGGAUCACAGGUCCUCCACCUUCCAUGAUUUUGGGAAAUAUUCCAGAAAUGAAGAGAAUGGUGUCUGAAAUCUCUGAUACUCCAAAAAUAGAUGGCCGUUUAACAGUCUUGCCAUAUUUCCAGCACUGGACCAAUAACUAUGGAAAGUUAUUCAGGUUUGCACUUGGAGGUAUACAGUUGUUGUACGUGAGUAAUCUGGAGAUGGUGAAGGAAAUAAGUCGGUUCAGAUCAUUGGAGCUUGGGAAACCAGCUUACUUACAAAAUGAAAGAGGAGCUUUACUGGGCAAAGGCCUUAUUACAGCAAAUGGUGCAGCAUGGUCUCAUCAGAGAAAGACCAUAACUCCACAGCUCUGCACGGAGAAGAUCAAGGAUAUGGUGGAGUUGAUGGUGGAAUCUGGUAAUAUACUAGUUGAAACGUGGGAGAGGAUAAUCGAAAGCGAGGGUGAGGAUGAUGGGAUUGUUGAGAUCAUGGUGGAUCAACACAUGAGAAACUUUACCUCUUACAUAGCUUCAAAAAUGAUAUUUGGGAAUGAUCAUCAUAAAGGAUUUAAAAUAUUUCCCAAGUGUCAAGCUCUCAUUAACGCCAUGGGUGGUGCUACGACCCUUGGAAUUCCCUUCUCAAGAUUUCUCCCCAACAAAGCAAAUAGAACAGCAUGGGAACUGUCCAAAAAGAUUCAUGGAAUGAUAAUGGACAUUGCUAAUGAGCGAACUGGAUCUACAUCUGAGGACAUGUUACAGGUGAUCCUAGAAGCUGCCCAGUAUGGUGAUGAGUUUUCGCCAUUGACGAAAGAUGAGUUCAUAGCUGACAACUGCAAAGAUGUCUUCUUUGGUGGCUAUGAACCCCCUGCUCUUGCAGCAAUUUGGGGUUUAAUGCUUUUAGCUUCACAUCCUGAAUGGCAAGCUCGUGCUCGUUCUGAGGUUCUAGAGGUCUGUGAGGGCCAACAGCACCUAGACUACGACAUGCUUAGCAAGAUGAAAGUGUUAAAAAUGGUAAUUCAAGAGGUUUUGCGGCUUUAUCCUGGAGUUGCCCUAGCGUCGAGAGAGGCCUUACAAGAUGUGAAGAUUGGAAAUGUGCAAGUUCCAAAAGGAGUAGGCAUUUGGAUAUUUCUAUUAGCAUUACAUCGUGACCCUGAGCUUUGGGGCCCUGAUGCAGACGUGUUUAAUCCUGAGAGAUUUGUUGAUGGAGUUGCAGGAGCUUGUAAGUCUCCACUUGCAUAUAUACCUUUCGGGUUGGGAGCUCGAGUGUGUCCUGGACAAAACAUGGCAAUUAUGGAAUUAAAAGUGCUGUUUGCUCGCAUUCUCUCCAAUUUCAACCUUACUAUUUCUCCUAAUUAUCAUCACUCUCCACAAUUUGGUCUACUUUUGGCACCCGAGCAUGGCGUCCAACUUCUCAUUCAAAGGAUAUAAUUGAAUUGUCUGAACUCAUGAACUCAGAAUAUAGAGAUUUGAGUUGCUUCAUAUAAAAUUUAGAUAAAACUCAUAGUGUUUAUAUUUUAAAUUCAUAAUAAAUCGAGUGUAAAUAAGUUUUUUCUUUAUGUUUAAUUAUUUUGAAUAAUAAGUAUUUGUAAUUAUGAUU